GGAGCUUGUAAAAUCAACCAAUGACAUUUGUGCGUAGCACUUGAAGGCUUAACGACUUUGGACGUUACUGUAGACGUGUGAAGCGCUAGUGUUUAUUGGUUUUACAUAUUUCUGUCAAUAGUAAGUAGCUUUCAAGAGUUUUGAAGUCGUAGUAUUUUACUUUUGUGGUCAAAUUUAUAUGAAUAAUUACAAGAUAGUUGAAAACGACUCAGUUGAGAAUUCCACAGUCCAAGCUUGUAGGGAGGACUGGACUAAUAUGGGUUACCGUAGUAAAUAACCCGCACAUUUGGUUAAGCAACCUUUAGGAUUCAAGAAUUCCAACCACUAAGUAGUCCAUAUUUUUUCGGACAGUAAAUAAAUAAAUAAAUAUAUAUAUAUAAUACAAUACAUAAGCUAAUAAAUGUAGGGAAUGGAAUUACUCGCAAAGUACUUGGAUAUUGCAAAUGCUAGGGUUUUGUUGUUUAAUUAUAAAGGUCCGUUUUCUGUACCAGAUUGCGAAAGAUUGAAAAUCUUGUACAAAGCGUAUUUCAAUGGGUUGGGACACGAUUUUUACCAAGAUCCAGCACUAGUUUAUACCUGGUGGUGUGAUGUAUUAAAACUCUAAAUAGUUAGUGCUUGUCUAAAUAGUUUUUGUUGUUGACUGGAUAGCCAAAAAGCGUUCGUUUAACCUUGUUUUCAUAAUUCGUUUGGGAAGAGUGGUUACUCCAAAGCCUCUUGUAAUGUCCUCUUCCAGGACCAUAACAUAACCGAAUAUAUGACUAAGCGUUACACAGCUUGUGCUACAUUCUGUUAGUAAGAUGUGGGACUUUAUGCACAUAUUCCUGUCAUAAUACAUCCGUCUAGGUUGUUAGGAUCUAAUUUGUAUACAUUAACUUAUGAAGUAGGUACUUUCGAAUAUUUUAUACGUGAUUGAUAUAAUUUCUUAUAGUUCCUUUUUAUUAUAAUGAUAGGCAGAUAAUGUGGUUUGUCACAGUCGUAAUAUUUUACAUUGAUAUAUAGGUUGAGGUAAAGGCGAUAUAAAGCUAGAUAUUAUAUCACAAAUAAUCGUAAAUAUCUAAAAAAAGAUCAGGUACAAACAGAUUAUCAAUGAUACGGUCUUCAAGAUUUGAAGAAAUAUGGUGAUAUAGUAUGGUUAUUGAGUCUUACAUCCUCAAGAUCGUGUUAAAGAUAUGGUCCAGACUCCCGAUUUGUUUUCAUAAAUAGUUAGGGUAAUUUUAUAUUAUGUUCUGAAUUUCGGCCUUAGUUCUUCAAACUAUCAGUCAGUGUGACCUAAUUUAUAACAGCUUAACGUAAACUCGUCAAAUAGAUGCACAUUGUGCUAUAUUUAACAUUAAUUAUAAAGCACUGAUUUGGCCAUUGCACUUGAAUUCCUACACCUGAGUUGCGAGUUUGAUUUCAAUUCUACCUAUUGGAUUUUAGGCAACUGGUAGGAACAUUAGACUGACUAAAAGGGUCGUUGGAAGUCAAGUAUACAGACUUAGACUUGAAGACUGAGUUACAUUAUUAUUACUGUAACGAUCCUGGGACUAAACAUUACCAGAUUCCUCAACCAAUGCAUAGUUUGGAUUUGAAAGUCACUAGUUUGAAGUUGGACCAUCAUAUGAUUAAUUAUCACUACCUGUUUAUGCAUCAUAUGGUGUCUGCCGAAGUUGAAUCUUUAAUAUAUUACAGAUUAAGCAACGUUACUGUGUAGUCAGGCAGUUCAGUGUUACUGAAGUAAAUUCAGACUUAAUUGAGUUGAAAUAGUUGUACUUAUUUUCAUUUUUCUUCUACAGUAUAUAUUUUCUCACUUAUCCUCCCUAAAUCUAGCAUAUAAAAUGGUUAUCAUUCAUACUACAGUUCACAUUGGGGAAUCUGCAUAAAAUACAACUAUCAGUAUCACUACAAAACACGGAAAAGUAAUUUUGUGAUUAUAGGUUGGAUGAGUUUUCAUAACUUCUAACAGUACAUUACAAGUUUACCACAAUUAAAUUCGUCCUUCGUUUAAUUGGUAAUUCUGGAAAAGUCCAUACGUACCAAAAAGCGUCGAAUGCAGUCAUUCAUCCGGAUCAAUUUCGUCUCUCUAGAAAAGUUGUCAUGUCUUAAGUUGAUGUAAUGAUUUGUUUUCGCAAUAUACUAAUGUGUACGCAUCAGUUUCUAAUAUUCUGAUAAAUAUUCUUAGUAAUAAAUAACUGGUUUUACAAUGACGUCGUGCCCGUUUUUGCGUAAAUUGUCUCCUACUGUGAUUCAAAGAGAUAUUCAACAGUUGAUCCAAUUAAUACCAAGAUGUCCGUUUGCUAGGCGUUUGUUUGAUGGAACUCCACUUUCCAGUCCUAGAAUGUAUUCAGAUGUCGCUAUGGAGCGUCAGUCAGAUGAAUCAUCAGUUUGUAAGAAUGUCUCAGAGUGCUUGUUGAAAAAAUGUCCUUUUACGGUCAAUUCAUAUGAGUCAACAUGUUCAAAUGAUUAUCUGUGCGCCCAAACCUCUAAUAAUCACGAAAACGAGAUGUAUCAAAACCAGUUAUGUGGGAUUUCUGAUGACAUAUGUAUUCCAAACACGUGUGCCUUAUUCGCUGGUUGGCAAAAGAGUAUAGUUGCGAGAAAAAGUCUUCAGCCAACAACAGACAUAACGAUAAAGAACGCUGAUCCAGAACAUUCUCAAACAAUCGAUUCGGUGCGUAAUGAUGGUGAUAGCUGCCUAGGUUUCAAUUAUAAUAAGUUUUUCGUGUCUGAAGUAGAAAGAAAAAAAAGAGAUUCUACUUAUCGAGUAUUUAGGAGAAUUUUAAGAGACGCAUCUGAAUUUCCGUUUGCAGAUGAUUAUUCUAGUGGUAUGAAACGUCGUGUAGCUGUCUGGUGUUCCAACGAUUAUUUGGGAAUGAGUUGGCAUCCUAAAGUUCAGGAAGCUGCCAUUUCUACCAUACGUAAACAUGGUGUUGGUUCAGGUGGAACACGUAAUAUAUCUGGUAACUCAUUGUUACAUGAAUCAUUAGAAGCUGAAUUGUCAGAUCUUCAUGGAAAACCUGCAGCUUUAGUAUUUACAAGUUGUUACGUAGCUAAUGAAGCUGUAUUACAUACUUUAGGAACUCGUAUACCAGAAUUAACAAUAAUCUCUGAUGCUGGUAAUCAUGCAUCAAUGAUACAUGGGAUUCGAACUAGUCGUUGUCCAAAAGUUAUCUAUAGACAUAAUGAUGUGAAACACUUAACUUCGUUACUUGCAAAUAUACCUAAGGAUUCGCCGAAACUAAUUGCUUUUGAAACAGUCCAUUCAAUGUCAGGUGAUGUUUGCCCAUUGAAGAAUUUAUUAGAUGUUGCUGAAGCUAAUAAAGCACUCUCAUUUGUUGAUGAAGUUCACGCUGUUGGUUUAUACGGUGCACAUGGAGCUGGAGUUGCUGAACGUGAUGGUCAGAUGCAUAGGAUAGAUGCAAUUACGGGUACACUUGGAAAGGCUUUUGCUAGUAUCGGAGGCUAUUUAGCAGGAAGUUCUGAACUAGUUGAUAUGAUCCGAUCUUAUGCUUCUGGAUUUAUAUUUACUACUUCACUACCACCACAUUCCUUGGCUGCUGCCCAAACAAGUAUUCAAAUUUUGAAAUCUUCUGAAGGAAAAGAACUUCGUGCAGAACACCAAAAACGAGUAUCUAUCGUACGCCAAAGUCUCCGUCAAGCAGGAUUGCCUGUGAUUGAAGCGCCGUCACAUAUUAUUCCACUACAUGUCGGUGAAGCGAAACUAUGUACGAAAAUAUCAGAAGAACUGUUAUCCGAACAUAAUAUAUAUGUGCAAUCAAUAAAUUACCCAACUGUAGACAUAGGAGAUGAACGUUUGCGUAUUGCACCCACACCGCAUCAUACAGAUAAACUAACUGAAGAACUAGUGGAUUCUUUAUGUAUGGUAUGGAAAAAAUACAAUUUACCUUUGAAUGUUGAAUCAGCAAGAAAAAUCACCCGACAAGCUGGUUAACAUUGAAGAUAAACAAAUUAUUAAUAUUAUUUGAUUGUUAGUUUAAAGUAGGUGAUCAAACACAAAUUCCAUUGUUUAGUUUUAUUUAUUUCUUCAUCAGUCAUGUAAAAGAAUGUCUACUUAAUUUGAAUAAAAUGUUAGUUUAACAAUUAA